AUGGCUUACCGCAUGGCUCUGUGGGCGAACGGCAUGAUGUGGCCAUCCAGUGGUGUCACAGAUCCACUAAUUAGGACAGAGGCAGAGAGAAUUCACCCAAGUUGCUGGGUGAAUGGACGAAACAUUCUCUCUGUUGAUUACGACCGCACCCUGAGGACGGAGAAGAUUUAUGACGACCACAGGAAGUUCCUGUUAAAGAUCAUAUAUGACACUGCAGGCCACCCCGUCUUGUGGAUGCCCAGCAGCAAGCUGCUGCCGGUUAAUGUGAGCCGCACAAGCAGCGGGCAAAUCAGCGCCCUGCAGAGAGGUCCUACCACUGAGAGGCUGGAGUACGAUGGCCAGGGUCGCCUGGUAUCCAGGGUGUUUGCGGAUGGGAAGAUAUGGAGCUACACCUACCUGGAGCAGUCCAUGGUCCUCCUGCUCCACAGCCAGCGUCAGUACAUAUUUGAGUUUGACUCACUCGAACGACUUUCUGCUGUCACCAUGCCGAGCGUAGCCCGCUACACCAUGCAGACCAUUCGUUCAGUGGGCUACUACAGGAACCUGUACAACCCUCCAGAGAGCAACGCCUCCGUAGCAGUGGACUACAGUGAAGAUGGCCUCCUACUAAGAGUAGCUCACCUUGGAACAGGCCGUAGAGUCCUGUAUCGGUACCGUCGGCAGAAUAAGCUCUCUGAGAUCCUGUAUGACAGCACACGGGUCAGCUUCACUUAUGACGAGACAGCAGGUGUGCUGAAGACCGUCAACCUGCAAAAUGAAGGUUUCAUCUGCUCCAUUCGGUAUCGGCAAGUGGGCCCUCUGGUAGACCGGCAGAUUUUUCGCUUCAGUGAGGACGGCAUGGUCAAUGCACGCUUUGAUUACACCUAUGACAGUAGCCUGCGUGUCACCAGCGUUCAGGGUGUUAUCAAUGAAACUCCCCUACCCAUUGACCUAUACCAGUUUGAUGACAUCUCAGGAAAAAUUGAACAGUUUGGAAAGUUUGGUGUCAUUUAUUAUGAUAUAAAUCAAAUUAUAUCUACACCAGUUAUGACAUACACAAAGCAUUUUGAUGCACAUGGACGGAUCAAAGAGAUCCAGUAUGAGAUAUUUCGCUCACUGAUGUACUGGAUUACUUUCCAGUAUGACGAUGUGGGAAGAGUAACCAAGAGAGAGCUCAAGAUUGGCCCCUUUGCCAACACCACCAAGUACAGCUAUGAGUAUGAUGUGGAUGGCCAGCUUCAAACUGUAUACUUAAAUGAAAAAGUAAUGUGGCGCUAUACAUAUGACCUAAAUGGAAAUCUACACUUGUUGAAUGCCGGAAACAGCGCCAGGCUUCUGCCUCUGCGGUAUGACUUGCGAGACCGCAUCACCCGCCUUGGAGAUAUCCAGUACAGAAUGGAUGAGGAUGGUUUUCUUCGUCAAAGGGGAGCAGAAAUUUUUGAGUACAACUCCAAAGGACUCUUGGUACGGGUCUACAGCAAGAGCAGUGGCUGGACAAUUCAGUAUCGCUAUGAUGGACUUGGACGUAGAGUGUCAACAAAAACCAGCUUGGGCCAGCACUUGCAGUACUUCUAUGCAGACCUGAGCUACCCAGCAAGGAUAACUCAUAUAUACAAUCACUCCAGAUCAGAGAUAACUUCAUUCUACUAUGACCUCCAAGGUCAUCUGUUUGCUAUGGAGAUCAGCAGUGGAGAAGAGUUCUACAUCGCUUGUGACAACACUGGCACACCCCUGGCUGUCUUCACCAGCAAUGGACUUUUGGUCAAACAGCUCCAGUACACUGCAUACGGUGAAAUAUAUUUUGACUCUAACCCUGACUUCCAGCUUGUGCUGGGGUUUCAUGGAGGACUAUACGAUCCACUGACCAAACUGCUGCACUUUGGAGAGCAGGAUUACGACAUAAUGUCUGGCAGGUGGACCAUUCCAGAUAUCUCAGCUUGGAAACACAUUGCCAAAGAGCCAGCGCCUUUUAAUCUGUACAUGUUCAGAAACAAUAACCCAAUCAGCAAAGUCCAUGAACUGAGAGAGUAUGUUGCAGUUAAACUUCCUUUGAUCUGUUUCACUUCCUGUCCCGUCUUGACUCUCGAGCGGAGUUUCUCUCCGUUUAACCUGCAGCCCGGACCUUCGACCAUCCUGAUCCUGGUGGUCAACUUCAAUCUCCUGAUGAAGCUCCUGAUCAACUUGAAUCAGCUCAGCUUCCUCCUGCACUGCCCGCCAUACAGUUUGCGCAUGCGUGGUACGGGUUGA